GGGUAUGGACACUCGUUGACUCAACGGAUCUGUGGUGUCUCGAGUCGAUAUUUGAAUUAUAAAGUCCAAUUUCGCCGGCGAAGAACGAGGGAGAGAGAUCGGAGAUGUCUUCGAAGGCGUCGAGCUCGUCGAAGAAUAUGACACUUCCGAUAUCGGAUCCUGCACUAGACGAAGAGCGAGAGAAACUCCUCAAGGGCGAUGAGAAGCUUUUCAAAGGGUCUGUCAUGACCAAACGAGGAGCCUUUGCUGCAAUCUCUUACAUGUCUUGCGCAGUGCUCUUGAUAUUGUUCAACAAAGCAGCUCUUUCAUCCUAUAACUUCCCAUGUGCAAAUGUCAUCACACUCUGUCAGAUGAUAUCUUCAUGUUGUUUUCUCUAUGCAAUGAGACACUUGAGGCUAAUUUCUUUCACAGUAGGUGAAUCUUUGACUGUGUCUGAUAACACAACAAGGCUUGUACCACUAAAGACAUUGAGGCACACCCUUCCUCUUGCAGGAGCCUAUUUGCUUUACAUGCUAGUCAUCAUGGAGUCUGUCCGUGGAGUAAAUGUUCCCAUGUACACGACCCUCAGGCGGACGACUGUGGUAUUUACAAUGGUUGCGGAGUAUAUUCUGGCAGGGCAGAAGUACACAUCUUCUAUUGUUGGAAGUGUUGGAUUGAUCGUUCUUGGUGCAUUUGUUGCGGGAGCUCGGGACUUCUCAUUUGAUGGCUAUGGCUAUACUGUUGUUUUCUUAGCCAACAUCACCACAGCUAUAUAUCUGGCAACCAUAGCCCGUGUUGGGAAAUCCAGUGGUCUGAAUAGCUUUGGCCUUAUGUGGUGCAAUGGAAUAAUAUGUGGACCUGUUCUGCUGGUUUGGACAUUUAUUCGGGGUGACUUGGAGAUGACAAUUAAUUUCCCUUCCCUGCUCUCACCUGGUUUUUUGGCUGUGUUGCUUUGUUCAUGUAUACUGGCUUUCUUCUUGAACUACAGUAUAUUUCUAAACACAACUCUCAAUUCGCCACUGACACAGACAAUUUGUGGUAAUCUGAAGGAUCUUUUUACAAUUGGAUUUGGGUGGAUACUUUUUGGCGGGCUUCCAUUUGAUUUUUUGAAUGUUGUCGGGCAACUUCUCGGUUUUCUCGGAUCCGGCCUGUAUGCAUAUUGUAAGAUGGUGGGGAAGUAACUAACUUGUGAAGCUGUUUCAUGGCCAAUUUUUUUUUUCAAUGGAGACAAUGAGUUGCUAUGUUGUGUUUCUCCAUUUCUGGUCUAAUGGUUUCAUGGUUCUUUUAGAGUGAGGUAUAGUGGUACCCAGACUGGAGAUUUUGCUGAUCCAACUUUUUCAAGGGUAUCCAGGCCCGCUUAUUCUGAUUUUGUGUAUCUAUAGAUGGGUAGGUGUAUUGGCAAUCCCAUGCGGAUGCGAUGUAUCUGAUUAAUGCCUUUGUACAUGAUGACCAUUUAUCUGAAUCUCUGAUUAAAGCACGCACUAUUGUUCUUAUAGCCUCCUCUAA